AUGGUUCUACCACACUCAACAGCUCUCUCUCUCCUCCUUCCCCUCUCCGCGGCUCAAAACUUCUCCGCUUGGUCUCCCCCAGGGCCAGGAGAUGUCCGGUCCCCGUGUCCAGGCCUCAGUUCUCUUACGAGCCACGGUUUUAUCUCACAUAACGGCAAAAUCCUUACGAUUCCCAUUCUUAUUAAUGCCCUCAACGAUGGAAUGAAUGUUGGAGCCGAUUUCGCCACAGUCAUAGGAGGAGCGGGCCUCCUCUCGGCCCCAGCGAACCUCCCCUCUACCUCCUUCGACCUGGGCAACCUGAAUGAGCAUAAUUUCCCUAUUGAGCAUGAUGCCAGCUUGAAUCGGGCGGAUAAUUAUGAGAAUAAUGGAGAAAAUCAUUCGUUCAACCGAACGAUUUUUAAAUCGGCCUUGGCGUAUUACGACGGGAUGAAUGCUACGAGUAUUCCGGUUGCUGCUGAGGCGAAGUAUAAUCGGGUCAUUACAGAAGGGAAGCGGGGUCCAAAGUUCAUUUAUACACCGCAGCAGUUUAUCCUUUCUUAUGAGGAGACUGCCAUUUAUAUUUCUGUGAUGGGUGAUCUCAUUUACGGGGCUGCUCCUGUUGAAUAUGUUCAUGUCUCCUUUGAUGGGUCGUGCUAUCAGGUGAGACUUCCGUAUGUUGAGGGAUGGAGACCUCCUACCAAGCAGACGAAUUUGUUGACCUUGGGCGACAUGGUUUUCUCUCGCAAUGCAGCGAAUGGAGAAGUGAUUCCUGAGGGAUUGGAAUUUACAACGAAUACCUUGAAAUUGGCGUUCGGGGGCUAUGAUCCCAUCAUCGGACUACUAGUGCACGUAUUAUGA